CCCAAAGAGAGAUCCGGCAAGGGCACAAACACAGUGACAUCAGGUCCCAUCGCAGCAACCACCACAGCCACGGCAGUCCUCGAGCCAAGCGUCGACACGACAACAGCGCUAUCCGACGACAAGGAACUCGCAAAUCUUGGUUUAACAGACUUGAUCUUUAGUUUGGCUGAGUUGAGAGGCCCAUUCGCCCCCUUUCAAAGUGCAGAUAUCACGUUCCUUGCGUCCCUAGUGUUUGGUUCUUUUGGAUUUGGGGCGACCGAAUUAUUCCGACGAUCCUUUACAGAGAUCUUCUAUAACGAUGCUGGUGGUGGUAGUGGAGGAGGUUCUGAGGUUGUGCUCUUGCUAGCAGCAGGCUUGGCAACGGUUGUCACGAGUGCUGCAGCUACACCCUUUGAAGUGCUGAGGGUCAAGAGUAUGAUAAGGCUGGAUUCCGUUGGCUGGACAGAAGUACUUCAAACGUUCCUGAGGGAAAACGAAAAGCAAGCAGCAAAAACGGCAGCAAAAAGAGUUCAACGCAAUGAAGGAGGCGAUAGCUCUGGCUUGGAAGACAUCAAUCCAAAAGAUCUGCUCCCUCUAUGGUCCGGGUUUGCACCGACACUCUCGCGAGAACUUCCUUUUGCCAUUGCCAAGUUCCUUGCUUUUGAUGUUUUGGCUCGCUUAAUAACAGAUGUAAUCAACUCUCAGACGCAGGAAGGAGCUCUUCCAGUUCAAGUGGGUGUUGGUCCAGCUGGUUUGGCUGUGUCAGCCAUUGCUGGAGCUGUAGCGGGAGUGGCGGGGGCCAUCGUGAGCCACCCCGCAGAUUUAAUAUUGACCUACACAUCUGCGUCCAAGGCGCAGGAUGAUGACGAUGAAUCAGGAGCUGAAGCACUUAACACCUCAACACCUGCGUGGGUCUCCGUGGUGCGCGAUCUGCUUUCACGAGACGGAGGCAUUGCAAAUCUGUUCUUGGGACUACCGGCUAGAGCCACUUUCUUCUUCUUGGUGAUUGGUCUCCAAUUUUUUCUUUACGACUACGUCAAGAACCUCUUCCAGGUGGGGACUGAUGAUCUGAGCCUUGUCUUGGAUGUCUUCUACGCAGUUCGCGCCGGUUUGCUUGACAUGGAUUAA